UCACUCAUAGCCAGUAGAUCCCAAGGAUAGGGAACAGACGAAGUCGUAGUUUAGAGGAGCCAACUUAUCAGUGAACUAAAUGGAUAUUAUAUAGUAAUUACUCACGGAGAUUUAAGCCCCAAAUCAAGUUUUCGAUCCUAACUGUGUGCGAGGGAGUUGUAAGCAGCGCCUCGUGAAGCGUGGUGGAAUAAGUUACAUGCGGCUGCCCUGCCUGGCCGACUUGUGAGGCUCGCCACGAGAAUAUUGUGUGUGUGUGCAGCGGAGACAGAGUACCAGACACCAUGUUGGUGCCCAGCGACGGCGUCUCCUCUGGCUCCGGCAAGCUGGUGGCCGCCCUCGAGCAGUUCUACGCCGAGCAGGUGUCCAAGAGGCGUAUGAUCGUCAACAAGCGGGUGGAGGAGGUGGUGCAGGUGGCUCAUGACCUCAUGAAACAUGUGGAGGCGCAGGAGCCCCGCUGCCUCUCCACGCUCACCCAGGCCGGCGGCCGCUGGGAGGGCCUCCACAUCCUCUCCCCUAACGAGUACCAAGUCACCAUCUACCUCAACCAAAUGGGAGAGUUCAACCUGGUGGAUGACGGUACUGUGCCUGGGAGUGCCGUCCUCAAGCUGAGUGACGGUCGCAAGAGGUCCAUGUCGCUAUGGGUAGAGUUCAUCACGGCCUCGGGUUACCUGUCCUCACGUAAGAUGCGUGCCCGCUUCCAGACCCUGGUGGCCCAGGCGGUGGAGAAGUCCCAGUACCGCGACCAGCUGAGAAUGGUGGGCGGCACCUCGGAGGUCCGCGUCAGGAUUCGUGACACCUACACCCUCGACCUCACCCUCGCGUUCAAGUGUUACGGCAUCUGGCCCAGGUCAGCUGCCCACUGGCCUGAGCUGUCCUUGCCCUGGCCUGGGGUGGAGCUGGCGGCAGAGGUCAAGAUGUCAGGGUUCACCUUAGUGUCACGUGACUGCUCCCACCUAGCACGAGACAAGGACAAGGAGAAGCAAGACGCUGCCAUCACGGCUGAGGGUGACACCUGGGUCAUGGUGUUCAUGGAGGCUGAGGACAGACUCCUCACUCAGGGAUGCCGUAAGAAGUGUCUCUCUAUCCUCAAGACUCUGCGAGACAGGCACCUCGACCUGCCAGGUAACCCCGUCAGCUCGUACGUGCUCAAGACCCUGGUGUUGUACGAGUGUGAGAAACACCCACACGAGUGGGAGUGGGACACCAUCAGCCUGGGGGACCGCAUCAACGGCAUCCUAUUGCAGCUCAUAUCAUGUCUGCUGUGUCGUAGGUGUCCCCACUACUUCCUGCCUCAGGUGGACCUCUUCCGUGGGUCACCCCGCCAGAGCCUCACUCAGGGGGCCUCCCAAACGUGGCGCCUCACCCGUGACCUUCUCACCAGAACAGAAUACCUUCAACAGUGCUAAUGCGC